AUGGCUGCAUGCUGUAGACUGCCACAACAACAACAACAACCGGUACCAGUGGUCCCAUUGCAACCAAUACUACCUGUGAUGCAACAUGCAAAACAAUGCAAUUGUGUUAACCUGCUAGCACAAGUGCAAUCAUGUGACUGUGCAAACAUCCAGCUAAACCAGUGUAGUUGCACGCCGAUUACACCCUCAAAUUGCAAUUGUGCUGCAUUGCAAGAACAGUAUGCAAGUUGUGGAUGUGGACCACUUAAUUAUAAUGUAACUUGCGGCUGCUCGCAGCAAAGGAUACAUUGUGUGCCUGCAUGCAUGCCAGACUGUUCACAGCGAUGUCUUGAUCAACAACUGACCAUCUUUAGUAGCCAGUAUCAACAACAACAGCGACAAGUGAAGUGCAUUGCAUUCUGCAUGCCGUUGUGCGAGCCGCAGUGCGUGAAAAUGUUCGAGCCAAGUCAGAUGCAAUCUCAUUUGCAGCCUGUAAUACUCCAGUCGCAAUCCCAAUCACCAGUUUUUGCCAUACAGCCUGAACUUCCCUAUUUCUCCCAAGCUAAACAAGAGCCAUCAAUUGUUAUAAUGCCCCCGCAAGGUCAAUCUUUUCUGCCCCUCUUAUUACAGCCUUGUCCAUCACCAAACUGUGCAACCAACUGUCCACCUCAAUGCAACACCCGAAAUUGCUGUCAAAUAUGUCACAACUUGCCAUCCUGCAGUCAGUCCAUCACUGUUUCACAAAACCGGCAGUCGGUUCCGGUACAACUGCAGCAACCCCAAUGCGUAGCAAUCUGCAUGCCAUCCUGUGAACCACAGUGCGUUCAGCAAGCUUGUUCGGCUGCUUGUCAGCCGAUGUGUGAAUUACAGUGCAUGCAGAAAGUACGAGCUCAAGUAAUACUCCUUGCACAGCAACAGUCACAGUCACCGCAAUUUCCACCUCAACCAAAACUAUUUCACCUCCCAGCUCAACCAGUACAAUCAUCGGUGCAAGCACUACGACCACCACCGCUGCCUCAGAUACAUUGUGUACAGCAAUGUAUGCCUCAGUGCUUGCAAGAGUGUGUACAGGAAGCUUGUGUUGUUGCAUGCAGGCCUGCUUGUUUACCAGAAUGCAUGGAGCAACACAGGAAAGUAUUCUUUGUCACGCAGCAACAACAACAACAACAAGAAUGUGCACCACAGUGUCAACCUGAAUGUCAACCGACAUGUAUAGAGAAAGCUUGCGUAUUAGCUUGUCAACCAAUGUGUGAUCCCCAGUGCACACAGCAACAGAAACCCCUCUUGGUAACAACCGAACCACAUCGGACGGAAAUACCACCUCCUACAGUGUGUUUGCCGUCAUGCAUGCCAGCUUGUCUGCCAGAAUGCUUGCAAGAACAGCAACAGAUGCAGCCAAGCCAAUUCCUUCAGCAUUGUCCACCAGUAUGUCAGCCUUCCUGCAACCGGCAAUGUAUGGAACAACAACAUAUCUGCUCCAAAACCUGCUUACCAUCAUGCCAAUCAUCCUGCAAUAAGAAUGCACGCUGUGUGCAAGAAUGUAUUGCAAGUUGUGAACUUUCUUGCAUGGAUUUUACUAAACCAGUUCCACAAGCAAUAUCUCCAAUUAAACAGUACUCACCGGAACAAAAAUGCGGCGUAGAUUGUAAGGCUAUGGAACCAUUCCGCUGUAUACCACAAUGUCAGCCAACAUGCAUGAAAUCCUGCAUCGAGCAGCAAACAUCCGGUCGAUACCAACAACUUCAACCUUUAAGGGAUUGCCCUCAACAACAACCUAUGGAAUGUUCAUGCAUGAUCGGAUAUAUGCCUUGCUCUCAAAACAAUUGUUGCUUGAUGCGACGACGUUAUGUCUCGCAAAAACAAUAG